UUCAGAAACGUCAAAAUUUUGGUUAUAUCCACUUAACCUUCGUUAAGUAUUAUCAUGUAAAAAGUAUUUUUACAAAUUUGAAGAAUUUUUGUACAUAACUUCUGCUGUCUCGAAUAUGCCAGCUCCUGAAGAAGAAACUAAAAAUUCUACCAGCAUAGUAAGAGACGAAAUAGUCGAAACAGCAAUUAAUUUUCUCAAAAAUCCCAAAGUAGCUAGUACGCCUUUAGCUAGUAAGCAGAAUUUUUUAAAACGUAAAGGUUUAACAGAUCAAGAAAUCCAAAUUGCUUGUGAGAAAUCAGGUGCUUAUGAAUUACAUGAAAGUCAGAUUACUGAAAGUCCACGGGUACCUAGUAGAAGUCUAAUCAGUAGAUCUUAUGAUCAGGUCCAAUAUAAAUCAUUCUUUGAAAGAUUGAAAGAAGUGGUACAGAAUGCAGCUCUACUUAGUGCUGUGAUAUAUGCUAUUUAUAUGUUCUACAAGAAAUUUAUUAGUCCUUUCUUGUUUGGGAAAAAGAAGAAUGUAGAAGAACGUAUAGAUGAGUUGAAUAAAACUGUGAUUAAUUCUGUAGGAGAAGUAAAAAGUGACUUAACCACUGUAAAAAUUGAAAUAGAAAGGUUGAAUCAAAAUACAGAGUCAGGUCUGCAAAGGGAGUUGGUUGACUUGAAAUCUGAAAUUGCUACUGUUAAAGGUCUUUUGUUAAGCAGGAAACAGUUCCCUCCUGUCAGUCAUAGUCCUGUUGUGCCCCCUUCUAUCCCUGCAUGGCAGAUGUCAAGUGUUCAAGGUGAUCCAAAUGAUGUAAACGAUAAUAAAUCUGAAGAUUUAAUGGAAAUGGGAUCAGGGUCAGGUUCAGAACCUGAACAUGAUACUAAAAAGAGUGAUAGUAGUUUGGAGAUAAUAAGUGGUGUUGGUGAUCAGCUUUAAUAAUACAACCAACGCGAAAGUUGUAUUAAUGUUACCUUUAGUUUGGGUGUGUAAUAAGUAAAUUAGUAGUCUGUUAGACCAUUAACUUUGCUAGUUUUUUUUUUAAUCCAAUAAAUAAAAUUCGUUAUUACAUUGCAAACAUACAAAUAGUCGUUUUAAUGCCAUUAUAUAACGUAAAUUUCGUUGUCAUAUACAUAUGUAUACAUAAUAAUAGUUUUAAUUAAUAUGUAAGUGAUAUUUUUACAAAAAUUUUAAGUCUUCAAAUACUAUUACUUACUCCUAUAAUUUUAACGAGAGCAUUGACGUUGAUGAAGCACAACUACGCACAUAAGGAAGAGAAACUGAUUUCUUAUAUUAUCAUGUAAAAAUGUAAAAAACAGUUAAUUUUAAAUAGAUGAUAAUUACAUUUAUCAUUUUGUAACGGGACAUUAAUUAAUAAUAAUU